AUGGCAGAAGAAGUCCUCAACACCUACGAAGUUCUGCGGCAACUUGUCAAGACAUUCUCCAGCACGAGGCUUGACCUCGAGGAUGUGGAAAUGCUUAUAGACCUGGCAAGGCAAUGUCGCGACAUCAUUUCCAGCAUGAAUCAGUAUCUUGAGGGGUACUUCGCGCAUCGACAAAACGAUAGCGAUGAGACUGAAAUUAGGUACAAGGUAGAAGAGCUGCGGAAUGCGCUGCAAUUCCGCAACUCACUUCUCAACUCUCACUACGCAAACGUAAUGCUACGCACUAUUUCACUUACAUCGGAAGAACGCGACGUUCUAAGUCGCCAGACUCUAGCGAGGAUCGAGAAGAAGGUCAAUGACUUAGCUCAGCACAUUGAGCAGACGAUCAUCCCACAGCCCGUAGACUCUUUAGCUGCCGACCUGAUCACAGCAGAAUCUAGCCCGCUUUCGGCGUUAAAGAUAAGGCGGUACGCUACGCGUUAA